UCAAUUCCUUCUGUCAGCAUGCCUGCAAAAAAUAGCUUACGUCACAGUCAUUACUGGCUCUAUAAAAGCCAGAGUAAUGCAGAUUCACUGUGCAGUCAUCUUGGCUACAUUCUUAGACACAGAGCAGCCCGUCUCUGAAGCCAUGACUUCCAUCGGCUUUGACCCUUACUUCCCAUCUUCUUACAAGAGGAGAGUGGUGGUGCGCAGUGCAGGAUAUGGAGCUGGUGGAGGAAUAGGAGCUAGGUCUGCCUACACCAGCCACUCUGCCCCAUUAACUUCCUAUGCACCCUCACGCAGAAGUUAUCCAUCUCACACCCGAGUAACCUCCAGCUACUCCUCCGUGCUCUCUGCUCCAGUGUCUGCAGCUGCCACUGAGUUACGCCUUGACCAAGCUGCCCAAGUCAGCUCCGAGUUCAAAACAAUCAGGACCCAGGAGAAGGCAGAGCUACAAGACCUGAAUGACCGUUUUGCAAGCUUCAUUGAGCGGGUCCAUGAACUGGAGCAGCAGAACAAGUUGCUGGAGACUGAACUCCUGCUGCUGAGGCAGAGGCAGACAGAGCCAUCCAACCUUCGGGCCCUGUAUGAGCAUGAGAUCCGCCAGCUCCGUGCUGCUGUGGAGGAAGCCCGCCAUGAGAAGCAAGCAGCACAGGAUCACAAAGAUGACAUGGAAGAUGUGCUGAAGAACCUGCAACAACGCUUUGAGGAUGAAGUGCUCUGCAGAGCAGAGGCAGAGGGCAGGCUCAUGGAUGCCAGGAAGGGAGCAGAUGAAGCUGCACUGGUCCGGGCUGAGCUUGAGAAAAGAGUGGGGACCCUGCUGGAUGAGCUGGCCUUCCUGAAGCGCCUCUGUGAGAGUGAGAUUGCAGAGCUGCAGGCCCAAAUACAAUACAGCGCAGAGGUGUCAGUGGAGAUGGAGAUUGCCAAGCCUGACCUAUCUGCUGCUCUCCGUGACAUCCGAGUGCAGUAUGAGAAGCUGGCACAACGCAACCUUCAGUCAGCCGAAGAGUGGUUCUGCAACAAGAUGAAUGUGAUGACAGUAGGCACUGCCCGCGACACUGAGAGCGCAAGAACUGCCAAAGACGAGGCUGGAGAAUACCGCCGGCUCCUCAAAUCCAAGAUGCUGGAGAUUGAUGCCUGCCGUGAGAUGAACCAAGCUCUGGAAAACCAACUACAAGAAGUGGAGGAAAAACAGAGCGCCGAGAUCUCUGCACUGCAGGAUACAAUAAGUCAAUUGGAGGAAGAGUUGAGGGCAAACAAGAAUGACAUGGCUCGUUACUUGAAAGAUUAUCAGGACCUCUUGAAUGUGAAGAUGGCGUUGGAUAUUGAAAUUGCAGCCUACAGGAAGCUCCUUGAGGGAGAGGAGAACCGUUUGAGUGUGGCAGGACCAGGAUCUGUCGCCACUUACUCCCAAACCAUGUACGCUGCUCCAACCUAUGGAAGAACACAUAUCUCCAUGCAGUCUCAGCUGAGCUCUGCAGCUCCGUACCUGCUGAGUUCCCGCUUGUUUACUUCAUCACUCUCCACAGAGGAGACAAUAUCUGCAAGACAAGCACAGCAGGCAGAGGCUAGCCCUCCUCAAGAGGAAGAGGAGGAGGAGGAAGAGCAGGUGGAAGAGGAAGAGAAGGAGGAAGAGAAGGAGGAAGAGAAGGAGGAAGAGGAAGAGGAGCAGGGAGAGGAGAAGGAGGGUGAGGCAGAGGCAGAGGAAGAGCAGGGAGAAGAGGGGGAGGAAGCUGUGGAGGAGGCGGAAGAAAAGGAGGACAAACAAGAAGAGGGAGAGAAGGAAGCAGAUGGACAAGAUGAAGAGGGUGAGGCUGGGGAUGAAGCAAAAGAGGAUGAGGAGCAAGGAGGAGAAGAAAGCCAACCUCAAGAGGAGGACGACACUGAGCAGAAAGAGGAAGCUGGUGAUGAUGAGGGUGAAAAGGGGGAGGAGGAAGAAGCUGAAAAAGAAGGGGAGGUGGAAGAGAAAAAUGGAAAACCAACAGAUAAAAAAGUUUAAACUUACUGCUUUAAGAAUACCUGCUAGCCUGUAGCUAAAGGAUCUCCGGUGCUCUACAUACAGAGAUCCAAAGAGAACCAAAUGAAAAUCUGUCAAAAUCCAAAGUGUUACUGAACCUAACCUGUGUAUGAUCAAUUUGAGUGAGUCAUAGCAUGUAUGCACACAUGCACACACAAUGCACACUGUGCCAGCAGAGAAAUGAAACAACGUAGAAGCUAAUCAAUUAAUUGACAAAGACAGGACGUGUCUGGGGUAGAAACUAUGCUUUGUGGAUAUUUGUUUGCAAACACCUGUGUGCUUUACUGCCACUACAACAUGCCUGUACGACUGUCUGUAUGUGCAAUAUCCAGUUUGAAAUGCCUUACUUCACUGAGUGCUUUAAGUCCAUGAUGUGCUGCAUUGAACUCCAAUAAAACCUUGAAGCCUUGUCAACCCA